AUGGACGGUGUGGAAGUUAGAAAACAGGUUUUCCUUAUAGGCGCCACCAAUAGGCCUGAUAUUGUUGAUCCCGCUAUACUGCGUCCUGGUCGCCUUGACAAGAUCCUGUUUGUCGAUUUCCCAUCCCCGAGUGAUCGUGCUGAUAUUUUGAGGAAAGCAACCAAGAACGGGACGCAUCCGAAAUUAAGUCGUGACGUGGACUUCGACAAACUAUCUCAACUACCUGAACUGGAUGGUUUCACAGGAGCGGAUUUGGCUGCACUUGUUCACGAAGCGUCGAUUAUCGCGUUGAAAGCUCGGCUCUUUGGAAACGAUCUCGGAGUCGAUGCCGUGGCUAUGGAACACUUCCUCAAAGCUGUCCAAAAUAUUCGACCCUCCGUUACGGAAUCCGAUCGGAAGAAAUACAUGAAGAUGAAGGAAAUUUAUGGUGUUAAGAAACGUGCUCACCAAGUUGAAGAGAACAGUUAG